AUGGAUCCAUUGGUGGUCCUGGUGCUCUGUCUCUCCUGUUUGCUUCUCCUUUCAGUCUGGAGACAGAGCUCAAGGAGAGGGAAGCUCCCACCUGGCCCCACUCCGCUCCCAAUUAUUGGAAAUAUCCUACAGAUAGAUGUUAAGGACAUCAGCAAAUCUUUAAGCAAUUUCUCAAAAGUCUAUGGUCCUGUGUUCACUGUUUAUUUGGGCAUGAAGCCCACGGUCGUGUUGCAUGGAUAUGAAGCAGUGAAGGAAGCCCUGAUUGAUAUGGGAGAGGAGUUUUCUGGAAGAGGCAGUCACCCAGUGAUGGACAGAGUUAGUAAAGGACAUGGAAUCAUUUUUAGCAAUGGAAAGAGAUGGAAAGAGACCCGGCGUUUCUCGCUCAAGACCCUGCGGAAUUUGGGGAUGGGAAAGAGGACCAUUGAGGACCGUGUUCAAGAGGAAGCCCGCUGCCUUGUGGAGGAGCUGAGAAAAACCAACGCCUCUCCCUGUGAUCCCACUUUUUUCUUGUGCUGUGCUACCUGCAAUGUGAUCUGCUCCAUUAUGUUCCAGAAUCGUUUUAAAUAUAAAGAUCAGAAUUUUCUAAACUUGAUGGAAAUAAUCAGUGAAAACAACAAGUAUCUGAGCUCUCCAUGGAUGCAGAUCGGCAGUAAUUUCCCUUUUCUCAUUAAUUAUUUACCGGGGGUUAUGAAAAAAUUCUUUAAAAAUACGGCCUGCGUGAAAGAUUAUAUUUUGGAGAAAGUAAAAGAACACCAAGAUUCACUAGAUAUUCACAAUCCUCGGGACUUUGUUGAUUGUUUCCUGAUCAAAAUGGAGCAGGAAAAGCACCAACAGCAGCUGGAGUUUACCUUUGAACACAUGGUCAUUACUGUCUUUGAUUUGUUUGGAGCUGGCACAGAGACCACAAGCACCACCCUGAGAUAUGGACUCCUGCUCCUGCUGAAGUACCCAGAGGUCACAGCUAAAGUCCAAGAAGAAAUUGAACGUGUGGUUGGCAGACACCGGAGCCCUUGCAUGCAGGACAGGAGCCACAUGCCCUACACAGAUGCUGUGGUGCAUGAGAUCCAGAGAUACAUUGACCUCGUCCCCAUCAACGCACCCCAUGCAGUGACCUGUGACAUUAAAUUCAGAAACUACCUCAUCCCCAAGGGCACAACUGUGUUAACAUCACUGACCUCAGUGCUACAUGAUGACAAAGAAUUCCCACACCCAGAGAUGUUUGACCCUGGCCACUUUCUGGAUGAGAAUGGCAACUUUAAGAAAAGUGACUACUUCAUGCCCUUCUCAGCAGGAAAACGAAUUUGCGUGGGAGAAGGCCUGGCCCGCAUGGAGCUGUUUUUGUUCCUGACCACCAUUUUACAGAACUUUAAGCUGAAAUCUCUGGUUGACCCAAAGGACCUCAAUAUUGCCUCAGUUUUCAAUGGGCUAAUGUGUGUGCCACACUCGUACCAGCUCUGUUUCAUUCCUGUGUGA